GCGCCCGCCCCAUCGGCCCCGUCCACGUCGAGCUGCAAGUACGCCGACUCCACGUCCUCCACCAGCGUCGCCUCGCCGCAAGAUCUGACCACGUCCACCUCCAGGAACAGUCCCACGCCUCUCGUCGCACCCGGCACCAGCAAGGCCGCGUCGGGACUCACCUCGCCGCCCGGAAGCUCGUCCAGGUCCUCCGUCGCGGCGUCCGCGGCAUCGCCGCCCAGCGGAAGCUCCAGGCCCGAGGGUAGUUCCACGCUGACCACCGCGUCGUCAGCGUCAUCGCCCGCCUCGUCGACCUCCAGCACGUCCAGCACCGGGAACAACUCGUCGAACAAGUCGAACGCGACCGGCAGCAAUCCGCCGCAGAUCUACCCGUGGAUGAAGAGGGUGCACAUCGGACAGAGCACGGUGAACGCGAACGGCGAGACGAAACGGCAGAGGACGUCGUACACCAGGUACCAGACGCUGGAGCUGGAGAAGGAGUUCCACUUCAACCGCUACCUGACGAGGCGGCGUCGCAUCGAGAUCGCGCACGCCCUCUGCCUGACGGAACGUCAGAUCAAGAUCUGGUUCCAGAAUCGGCGGAUGAAGUGGAAAAAGGAGCACAAGAUGGCGAGCAUGAACAUUGUGCCGUACCACAUGUCGCCGUACGGCCACCCUUACCAGUUCGCGCCCCACCCAGGCCAGUUCGCGCACUUGGCCACAUAGGACGAGUUCUCGCCCGCCGAGCUCGGAGCACACGCUGUCCGGUUCCCCGGGAUGUACGGCGAGCAGAACUUCUAAACGGCUUUUCCUCCCCCCUCCCCCGUCGCCGACGCUGAUCGCUGUCACGUGACGCGGCCAGGCGACGGGCCGUGACGGGACCAACUUCGCUUCCAGUAGGACACGUGGCGGUUCCCAGUGGUACACCGAGGUCUCCGACACAGGCCCAACGACGGAUUGUCACUCGUCAACCGGAAUUUGUACUUCUUCAUCCUCCCUUGUCUGUCCUCCUCUCAGCCUGUGUCGUCUUUUUUCCCUUGGUCCUCAUCCUCGUCAAAACCAUUGACGGUGGAGUCGUUGCCACAGAGGCAAAGCGGUCCCACAAACCUUUUUGCCAUAGGCUUCCAGACUUUCGUUUCGGAUUGACUCGUUGCCCCUGGCAUUCUUACCUUCUUCCUAUCUCUCUCUUUUUCUUUUUUUUUCUUUUUUGUUUGUUUCGAAAUCGAACGACCUUUGCGAAGAAGAAGAUCCAAUCUUCUCGGGGCUAACGUCUUUCGACUGGCUUCCUCCGGGGAGCUAAGAGAAUAGAGUUCAGAAUCCGCCGCCACGAACCACGGACUACUCGAAGCCGAAGGGAAGCCGCGGAGAAUAGUCUGCAAGCACGCGCCGUGCGCCCGAUUAAAUGGACUGGACGCGCUCCGAGGGGCCCUCGCCGCCGACUAGAUCGCGAAGUAACGACUGCCGGCGAGCGGCCACCUCAGCGGGUGAGACGAAACCGAAUCAUAGUAGCUUAAGGCGUAGAAUUUAGCGGUCCGAGUAAUUAAUUCGUUCGGGAACGGAUAAUUGAUUAAUUAUCUUGCCUGCGCACUGUUUCGCAUCCUUUGAAUCACUUCCACCCAACCGUCCCCUGUCCCCCGACCCCCCUUUCCUGUUUUCCUCCGACGGACGAAAGGUUCGACGAGAUGCGCUGAUGUACUUACAGCUCCUUGUUUCCUCUUCCAAUUCCCCCUUUCUCUUCUUUCGCUCGUUCGACGAUGAGAACAAGAAAUAUUACGACGAAACUGUCUCUCCGAGCGUGUUCGUCGGGGAGGAUCGCGCGGCGCUCGCGGGCGCGGCGCGGUCUCCCCCGGCGAGGCGUCGUUUCUAUGUGCACGUUAAAGUCUCCAACUUCGUAGUACGUAAGGUGCCUAUCAAUACUCGAUCUGUUCUCUGCCGUUUCAGCCGAUAGAGGCUGCCGCGCAACGUUCCGCGUUCUCGGUGGUAAAUGCUGAUGGCCGAGCAGGCGCGCAACGGGUGUUCCUCAGGAAUAAGGGAAACGAUCGAUGAUGGCGGCCGGAUCGGCGACGCUCGAGCGCCGCGACGCGUUCAGCCGAAUCGACCCGGAGCCUGUUACCUUGUCCUGAAACUGUAAAGCUGCGCUUCGACGGAGAAAUUCGUCGUGAUUUUAACCGGCACACCCUGUUCCUCUUCUCAGACAUUUCUUUCUUGCGCGGGUUCCGUCGAACGACAGGUUCUGAUCGUGUAUGACGGUUGGAAUUGUUUUGAAAACAGGACAUUGGCAAUUGUUGUAAAUAGAAUCGCCUAAGACGUUUGAUUUUGAGAUAGCUACGUCGAAAGGAGAGUACCAUUGCUCGAUUAACGGAGAAUAAAUGAAGUUCUGAGACUUCCAGGGAAGCCGUGAUCUCGUUGAUUACUUGAGAACAGAAUCCUAUGUAAUUUGAACCAUCGAAUAUUUCGUUAUUUUGUAAAAAAAAUGUACAGACCUUGAGAUAGAAGUUAUGAGAACUUGUCGAGAGUCGGAGCUCCGAAGAUUAAACGCAAUGGCGGCGACGCAUGCGUCCGCCGCUUCGCUGCGCACAGGCACUACGCACGCGACACGUGCCCGCGUAUUCGAGUAAAAAUAAAAAAGGAAAGAAAGUUACCUUCGAGGAGACGGAGGAACCGGGAAGUCCCGCUCGGCGGCUCUGAUCGAACGAAACGGCAGGCGGUGUAAAUGAAUUUUAGAUAGUGUGUUCGCGGUGCGAGGCGCGUUAAUUGGUUAUCUUGUGAUACGAAGUAAACCGACGACGAGACGGGCGUAGCUGGCCGGUCGGUUUACGCGCUUUGUCGAAAGGUGUGCCGAACCGCGCGAUAACGCGAAG